UUUGAAAAUCACAAUGCUUAGUAUUGACAUCGACUGAAUCAUCACUCCAUGAUCACUAUACCGGAAUUGAUAUCUUGGCCUACUUGCAUCUUUCACGUUUUCACAACCCUCGGCUACGUCAUCAAUCUCGCGUCCUGAAGUCGCAUCAACAAUGCCCAAAUUGCAAGCCGCAACAGUGUCCAACAAAGUCGUUCGGAAACGGAAGAGACAGAGCCAGGAUGAAACGGAACAAGUAGGAGCCGAAGGCGACGCUUCUCAGGAUACGACCAUAAGCACGACAACAGUUCCGACCAAGACACAGGAUGGAGGCAAGAAACCGAAGCGGACGCCCAAAGGCAAGGGUGCAACACCCAGCCUCUCCAGGAAGGGCUCCUCCAUGGUAGAAACCACAAUUGCCUGGCCUGAGGAGUUCACAAAACUAGGCCAAGUCCACCGAGCGCUCAAUCUUGUCUACACUUUCUGUUGUACGCGCAAACACCUAGCCACCACUUUUGAUACAAUAAGGACCACAGUGGAGUCGCACAUUGGUCGCGAGCUGUCUAUACAAGAUGUCGCCAAGAUCAAAGCCCUGAUACCGUGUUCUAUCAACUUUGCAUACAUCGAUGAGGAUCUGCUCCAGGUCAACCUCAUGGGAGAGCAGGAGAACUCGAAGAACAAGAGAUUUGAAGGAUAUGUUCCGCCAGAACCAAAACAGGAUGGACAAGAUCAAGGGAACAGAGAGGUUCUACUGUUUGAAUACAUCGACGGAGAUUUGAAGCGUCAAGUGCAGCACAACAAGACUGGUGAACCUACGAAGGCAACCCGCAAGUUGAAAGAUGAGGACCUCAAAAUGCCUGUUUACAGUCAGAAGCAGAUGAUGAACCUCAUCGAGAAGAGAAACAACAAAUUCACUUCCGCAGUAAAUGCCUGGCUGAAUGAGUGCGAUGCAGAAGGUGUAAACCCGGUCGAGAAGCUGGAUAUCGAGCACAACCUGAACAUACCAGCGCCCUCGGAGAGUAGAGGAAACACGCCUACCCCUGAGAAGCGAAGGGCCUUACUACCCAAAUCCAUCCCAGAUGAGCGAAAAACUAUCCCUGAGAUUGUGUCCGAGAUCAAAACUCUGGAAUGGUAUACUGGCCAAAUUGUACCGGACGGUCAUCGUGUGUUCGAUCCUCAGCCGCCCAUCUACGGCGAACUAAACUUUGAAUUGUCGCAAACCUUGGUCAAUGCACUCUACAAUACUCGCGGCAUCACUCAGCUGUAUUCGCAUCAGGCCGAAGCCAUCAACAAUCUAUAUGACGGUCACAAUGUCAUCGUCUCAACAUCGACAAGUUCUGGAAAGUCUUUGAUCUACCAAAUCCCCGUGUUACACGAGCUGGAAAAGAACAAACAGGCGAGAGCCAUGUACAUUUUUCCUACCAAAGCUUUGGCUCAAGAUCAGCGACGUAGUCUUAAGGACUUGCUGCAAUACAUGGAUGGUUUGCAAGACUUGGUCGUUGAGACUUUUGAUGGUGAUACACAAAUGUGUGAUCGAAACCUUAUUCGAGAUGAGGGUAGCAUUAUCUUUACUAAUCCGGAUAUGCUCCACAUCACCAUCCUGCCACAAGAAGAGGCCUGGAGGACAUUCCUGCAAAACUUACGAUUUGUCGUAGUCGAUGAGUUACACGUCUACAACGGUCUGUUUGGAGCACAUGUAGCUUUGAUUAUGCGACGCCUGCGAAGAAUCUGCGCUGCCGUGGGAAACCGUCAUAUCAAGUUCAUCUCAUGUUCCGCUACUGUUGCGAACCCAGAAGAGCAUAUGAAGACAAUCUUCGGUGUAGAGCAAGUCAAGCUCACAGACUUUGACGGCUCACCUUCUGGCAGGAAAGAGUUCUUGUGUUGGAACACCCCGUUCAAAGAUCCAGCAGAUCCGACUUCUGGUAGAGGUGAUGCUUUGGCCGAGUCUGCAAAAUUGUUCUGCCAGCUCAUCUUACGAGGUGUACGUGUAAUUGCUUUCUGCAGGGUGCGAAAGCAGUGUGAGGCGUUGAUCGGUGCCGUCAAGAACGAACUGGCCUUUUUAGACAAGCAAGAAGUCAUGGCCAGGGUGAUGUCCUACCGAGGUGGUUACGCUCCUCAAGAUCGACGAAAGAUUGAAAAGGAAAUGUUUGAGGGCAAGCUCGUUGGUAUCGUGGCAACCAGUGCCCUGGAAUUGGGAAUUGAUAUUGGGUCUCUUGAUGCUGUCAUGACCUGUGGGUUUCCGUACACCAUCGCCAAUCUUCGCCAGCAGAGUGGUCGAGCAGGUCGCAGAAACAAAGACUCGAUCUCUAUAUUGGUUGGGGAUGCCUUCCCGACCGAUCAGCAUUACAUGCAGAACCCAGAUGAGAUCUUUACGAAGCCCAACUGUCAGCUUCAAGUCGAUCUCGAGAAUAUGCUCGUGCUUGAAGGACACGUUCAAUGUGCGGCUAACGAGAUGCCAGUUCAGCCAGCCGGAGACGAAAUAUACUUCGGAAAACUAUUGAAAGACAUUGCAGAGAACAGGAUGAGGAAGGAUGACCUCGGUUUCUUCCACACGGCUGACCGUUUCCUUCCACGUCCCUCUACUUUUGUGGCAAUCCGCGAUACCGAAGAAGACCACUUCGCUAUCGUCGAUAUCACACAUGGUCGCAAUGUUGUACUCGAAGAACUGGAGGCCUCGAGAGCAUUCUUCACCAUCUACGAAGGAGGCAUCUACUUACACCAGGGCAACAAAUACCUCGUCAAAGAAAUGUCUACAGAUCGCAUGAUGGCUCGCGUCGAGUUCGUCCGAGUGGAAUGGACAACCCAACAACGCGAUUUCACCGACAUCGACCCAAUCGAAACCGAAGCCAUCCGCAAAAUUCCCAAAUCACUAUCGCGAGCCUACUUUGGUACAAUCAGAAUCACCCAGGUGGUAUUCGGUUUCUUCAAAGUCGAUCAAAAGCGACGCAUUUUGGAUGCGGUCGAAGUUGACAAUCCACCCAUUACGAUCUUGAGCAAAGGCAUGUGGCUUGAUGUUCCACGCCGUGCGUUACAGAUUCUGGAGUCGAGGAGGCUUAAUAUGGCAGGAGCGAUUCAUGCGGCUGAACACGCUUUACUCUCGCUCAUGCCUAAUUUCAUCAUCAGUAUGCCUGGCGACGUCAAAACAGAAUGCAAAAACGCAAUCAAGGAAUUCCAAGCCAAAGAAAACAGCCGCAAGCGACCUGCACGUCUCACCUUUUACGAUGCCAAAGGGGGUGCUGCUGGUUCAGGAAUCAGCACAAAGGCAUUCGAAUUCGUGGAUCGCUUGUUGAUUCAAGCCUGUGAACGCGUAGGGGCUUGUCAUUGCGAGGAAGGAUGUCUUGAAUGCUGUUGCUCUGAGCAAUGCAAAGAGGCGAAUUCUGUAAUGAGUAAAGCUGGUGCGGAGGUGAUUUUGAAGUCGCUGUUGAACAGGGAAAUUGAUGUUGACGCGUUACCUUGGGGUCCCGAGGACGAAAAGACGCCUGCGGGUGUGGAAACUGUGGUUUUCGCUAACGAAGUUGCACCUGGAAGGGGUAAAAGGUUCGGAGAUAUUGUUGUCAAGACUGAAGAUGGAGAGGAAGAGAUUGUGGUCAUUAAGGAUGAGCCUAUGGAUGAUGAGUGAUCGAGGAAAUUCAGAGUAUCCUACAGCAUCCAUCCCCAGCUUUCUUCGUCACAACCCAGUCCAAGACCAGCAAUAGCAACGAAAAAGAUAGAUAUUCGCAUCAGCCCGAGAUAGUGCAAUACGAGCGACACAAUGUCCAGGAGAG